AUGAAUAGUUCAGACAGUUUUAGUGAGAUGUCAGCGCCUCUAUUUCAGCCUUGUCCUAAUAAUUUUCAAGCAACAUCAACAGCUUCUUAUGAAGGCAGCACAACACCACCACCCUUAACAGGUCACCCUCCCGCAUUCACCAGAAUGGCAACCGUAGGAAAUGUCCCCCAGGCGGGAGAAUCCAAAGAUUUCGACAUAGUAGAAACAUACCAUCGCCUCCUCUCCGAUGACCCCGACCUGACAAUGCCCGUCGCGGCUAUUGAAGCUCUCAUAGAACUGCUCGUCCAAUCCCGCGCCGUCACCGUCUUUGAAACCCUCGACCUGGUAAAGACACAAUCCGACUACCUCAAGUCCCGAAUCCCAAACUCCAUUUCGCUGUCCGCUGGCACGGAUCUGUUCCAGAGAUAUAUGAUCAGUUCAUUGAAGCCUUCGAGUACGGGCAAUUUUGAGACGGUCAGGCAGCACCUGUUAAGCAAUGGCAGGCUGUUUGUUAGUAGAGCCAAGGCGGGGAGGGAGAAGAUUGCAAAUUACGGCAGGCACUUUGUAAGAGACGAGACUGUGGUGCUUACACACGGGGGUUCGAGAGUCGUGGGUGCGUUGUUGGGUAAGGCUGCGGAGGCGAGUGCGAGUGGUGGAAAUGUGAGAUUCAAGGUCAUUUAUGUGAUGAAUGAUACUAGGAAUUCGGAGAGCAAAGCUGUUGUUUCAUCACUGAGGCAAAAGGGCGUACCUGUUGCAACGAUAUCGGAGGGGGCUGUGGGAUAUGCUAUGGGCAAGGUCGAUUUGGUUAUCGUUGGCGCGGAAGGUUGUGUUGAAAAUGGUGGCAUUAUUUCUAGGCUGGGCACAUACCAGAUUGCUCUUCUGGCGAAGGCGGCCGGGAAACCUUUUUAUGUUGCGGCCGAAAGUCACAAGUUUGUUAGACUUUAUCCUCUAGGGCAGUAUGACCUUGGUAUUGAUCAAGAAGUCAUCAAGUUCAAAACAGAGGAUGAGCCCGAUUUGACGGACGCCGAGAGAAGUUUUGCAAACAGGACGCCAACGAUUGAAGAACGGUCGGAGUACUUUGAAACGUCUCCUAUUGCCCUACCGAAGCCAAAUACUGCGGUCGAUGCAGUUGACUUCACACCUCCAGCCCUUAUAUCAGCCUUGAUCACCGAGUCAGGUGUCUUGACACCUAGUGCAGUCAGCGAAGAGCUUAUUAGUUUAUGGUACUGA